GCGUAGGAGGCUGACGUACCAGACUCCGCAGCCCGGCGCGCAGUUGGGCUCCUCUGGCUGGGACAAGCACUGCUGCGGAGGGUUAAUCAGGUCCUUGGCCUGGUCGCCAGGGAGGUGAUGCCCCUUGCUAGCCAGGUGUGGCUUUCUCUGUGUUUUCUAGGUGAGGUGAAACCUCCCAGCCUCAGCGCCUGUAGCAGCCUUUAACUGCUGCUAUGGCUGCUGCUGGCUAUAGCCCGCCCCUCUAGUGUCCUUAUUGGAUUCCUGGCCGAGGGGGUGUUGCUGCACUGAUAGCAGCAGGAGCAGCAGGGAGAGCAGCACAUUGAUAUGCUGUAGCUGCUGAGUGUUGUGUAAGAAGGAGCUGCAGGGAGUGGAUGAGAAUUAAAUAGGAUCACGUUUCUCCUGUGAACUGAAGAGAAAGGAAGAACUUUGUGCUGGAGCUGGCGUAUAGUAACUGUUAAAUACAAGUCUCAAGGCCAGUUGUACGUCAUGCUGAAACACUUGAACCGCAUUUCAAUAGCAUAUUAAGAUGAUGUUUGGGACUGUGGUGGUUGGACUUGGAAUCGCUGGCUUAGCACGGAUUCAAGACUUGAUGAGUCCGAUGCCUUCCAGCCCUUCUGAACAUCUGAAACUCUUCGGAUUUGUAUCCAGGAGAAAUCUGGGCAAAAUUAAUGAGGCCAAGCAGAUUAGCCUGGAAGAUGCUCUAAGAAGCAAAGAUAUCCAUGUGGCCUUCAUCAGCACAGAGAACAGAAGUCAUGAAGAAACAAUCAGAACGUUUUUAGAAGCUGGGAAACAUGUCCUAGUUGAGUACCCCAUGGCUUUGUCUGCUAAAGCAGCCCAUGACCUCUGGGAGAUGGCUGAGCGAAAAGAUAAAGUCCUCCAUGUGGAGCACAUUGAACUGCUGACCGAAGAGUACAAGCAGCUGAAAAAGGAGGUGGCUGGGAAAGACCUCGUGAAGGGAACAUUACAUUUCACAGGUAGUGUCCUUGAUGAAAAGCAAUCAGGAUUCCCAGCUUUCAGUGGAAUUGCCCGACUGACUUGGCUGGUUGACCUUUUUGGAGACCUCACUGUUACCUCAGCCACCCGAGAAGAGCAGAAGGAGAAGAAUUAUUCCAGAAUGACAGUUCAUUUUCAGACUGCAAACAAGAAACCUCUGACUUGGAUUGAAGAAAGAGGACCAGGGAUGAGACGUGAAAAGAAAAUCAACUUCUGUUUCACAAGUGGUUGCCUGGAGGACUUCCCUCAAGCCCCGAGGUCUGCUGUGGGCCUUUUCAUGCAGGAUCAGAACCUCUUUGCCAAAAAACUGCUGGGCCAGGUAUCCAGGGAGGAGCUGGCUGCUGAGAAAUGGAGAAUUUUGCGGUGUCUCGACCUCGCAGAGGAGAUCCAAAAGCACUGUGAACGGCCGGAGAAAAUAUGUUCCUGAGGCCGCUCGUAGGGAAGAAGGGAUGUGGCAUCAUGAAAGGUGUAGGGCUACAGCUCAUCACACAGUUGCUAUUUCUGUUAAAUUACCUCCUCUUUGACUAGUUGUGACUCCUAGGCUCUCUGGGUGGGCGGGAGAGCCUGGGUCAUACCCAAUGCCUUUUGAUGUGCGCCAGAACUAGACAACACGUUGCCCUGCUCUGCCCUGCCAGGCAUAUAGGAAGCUAGCAGCAGCAACUUUUCAUAUGGUUGCUCCCAAUAAAUACAGUUGGAAAUGUCCCUAAGAGCAAAACCUGGAGUACAGCAAAUAUUAGACACGAUUUCCCUUCCAGUUUUUUUCCUCCUCUUUUUAGAUAUGUCUGAAAAUGAGAGACAUAUAGCAUUAUCUAGAAUGAAACACAGAGUUGCUUUAUUAGUAUUUAUCCAGUCUACUUGAUCUGCAGAACUUGUGCCAUCACAGUCCUGACCUAUCCUUCUAGAUGCCCUGAACUAUCCUGGGUGUUCGCUCCAAUUAGUAUUUGUGCCUUUGUUUUUUAUAUUGGAAAUCAGCUAGCUUCAGACAGAAUCUACACUGGUAUCAACCCCGAAUAGAAGAAAUAUCUUGUCUCUUAGUAGACACCAUCUUGAGUUCACUGACUCAGUUUCUCUGGUACUCUGUGCCAACAUAGAAAUCCAUUUUUUCCAGCAAUCAGAGAUUAGUACAGUACAUUAAACUAAUGCAUCAUCUGCCUGCUUUCCACUAUAUUUCAUUGUGAUGGACCUAAAUAUUUUUCUUUUCUCGCACUGAAAGCAGGGUGUAAUUGUCCUUCAUUUGUGUUCUGCAUCUGAUUCAGCAUGUGAACGGAUCACUCCUAAAAAUAAUAUACAUACUUAAAAAAUGAGAAAUAAUACACUCCUGGAAACACUGAAAUUCAGUAGAAAUAAUGAUAAAAAUAGACUCGAACCUUAGGAGCUGGAGCAAUUUGCAAAUGUAGCCGUGCAGUCAUGGAGUGUCAUACCUGUGGGAUGGAUGUUUGGCAUUUUAUAGUAGUCCCAAGGUUACAUAUGAAGACACCACUUCCCUGAAGAAGCAUUUCAGUUUUAGGAGAAGCCUAAGCAGUGCACAAAACUAUUAACGAUUCCUCCUUUUGCCUUUUACUUUCUAAUUACAGCAUCUGUCUGUGUUCAUAUAGCAACGAACUUUAGUGUGUGCAGUUGUUGCACUUCAAACACAGAAGGCAGCAUCUCUUUACUAUGUUAUCAUUUAGGCAAAUUUUUAAUAAGGAAGCAUGUAUAUUGUAAAGAUAUAUAUUAUUACAACCAGUCAAUACUGAUAUAAAAGUUCCUUCCUUUAGGUUAAUCAUGUUCAUUGAGAAAUUGGAUGCAGUGCAGUUAGUGUUUGGGACAGGGAAGGAAAGGUGGGGUGUUUUUUCCCAAAUCAAUCAGAUUUUAGGAGCAACUUGAGCUUGCUAUGCGAAUGGAUUUUGCCUACAACAUUUGUUUAAAUCUACUCUAUCUUGUUAAAAUCAGUGGAAAGCCUCCUAUUGACUUGAAUGGAUUGAAAUCCACAUGAGUUGCAAACAGGAGAUUUGUGUAUGCAAAAGUCUAUCUCAGAUCAAAAUGAAAUUAAAAUCUGCUGUGUAUGUGUAUCUCCUAUGUAUGGCAGCACACAAAAUCUCCUGCUUCUUGACAAACUCCUGUGCUGUGACUACAGGGUGAAUACCACUUGUAUGCAUGCUAAUGCAAACAGGUCGUUGAAGAGGGAGGGCAAAGGGAAGGGAGACCUCCCACUCCCCAGCUAGAGGCUGCAAAAUUAGCCACUGGGUCUCCCUUGGCUGGUGCAGUAGCUGGUGGUGAGAGGUAUAUAUUCCCCUAGGGCCUAGGGAGCAGGAGUGUAAUGUUGUGUGGUGAAUCGCCCUCUGUAGAGGCCUGUCUCUAUAGAGGGAGCCUGGGGAAAUCUGCUGGUUCAGCUGAGCCAGCCAAGGCAGAUGCGUAACACUGGGUGGCCAGCACUCUUUCAUCCAUCCACACUAACUUCCGUCCAUCCACACUAACAUCCCUCCAUCCCAGCUAACCCGCUUGUGUACUGCUGUCUGCUCUGCCCUUCAGAGCCUGGAGUGUCCACAUUGCUUUUUCUUCAGCAAUGGGAAUUUGCUGACGUAUCAUGUUGGUUUGUACACAGGAGCUACUGGAUGUCAAGCUUAAAAUGUGCAUAUUGUUCAACCAGAUGUCAAACUCGCCAAUAAAAGUAUUGGAGCUCUUAA